CAGCCCUAUAAGCGUACGUCUGCUUGGUAGCCUGUUUUGUCAGGACAGGAGGAGUGGCCUUGGGCAGGACUUAUACUUACCAGCGUGGUGGCUUUUUUUUUAAGUUCCCAGAAUUUCCGUUUCACGUGGGUGCCGGUUGCCAAAAAGAUAUAUCUAUGAAGGUGGACAUAUAUACAUUUGUAUAUAUAUAUAAAGCAGCGAAGCUAAGCAGUGGCUAUCAGAGCACGAGAAGCCAAACUUCGAGAAGAGGAUUGUGGUAGAAAUCACAGCAUAGGCUUUUUUUUACAAUCAUUGACGGUUAUCUUGUGUUUAAUAUAUAUAAUUUUUGUGUAGAAUUUAGGGACUGAGUCGACGUCUUCCUUUAGUACUUUUUACAGAGAGAGAAGGAAAGACAGAACGAAAAAAAUUCAGAAAGAAAGAAAGAAAGAAAGUAAGGAAAGGGAAAACAUUCAGAAAGAAAGAAAGAAAGUAAGGAAAGGGAAAAACAAUGACCGGUGCACAGCUUGCAUUGACCGGAUGUUGGAGCUGACCCGACCUACCUACGUGUGGCAGCGCCCCCUGCUGGAGAUGUUGCAGGCGUGCAUCAUGGAGGCAGACGUCAGACAGACCUUGACCUUCCUGGAACAUACGGUGACAGAAGCCAGGAGACUGACGUCACAGCACCUCCCUAACCAGGGCGUGACGAACAUCCGGUCAGCAGUAGUGGACAGUGGGCCUGUGUUCCUAUACCUAGAUACGUCACUGGCUCCCAGAACCAUGGACGUUGAGAACUGGAAGAAGCUGCUCAUAGCGCUAGGUUUUGAGAUCGAAGAGCCGGACGGCCGUCGCAGUAUCGAUGACGUCAGCGUGUGCCUGUCCCCUGGUGUGAUGUCCGAGGGCCUGGACGGGAUGGCGCUGCUGCUGAGGCUCAUCGGAGGUGUACCCUGGAACAUCCUCAGAAUGGUUUUCAAACUGGGCGACGAUGAUGUAGAGCAUUUUAGACGUUUGGUGUUACAGCGAGGGGAAGUGGACAGCGCUGACCAGACGGUGGCCCGGCGCCUGUGUGGAAGCUACCCGGACGAGAUGAAGGACCUGGGCUUCCAGCAGAAAAGGCGGGAAAUCUCAAGGUCGUGCCAGAACUGUGAGCAGACGUCAGAGAUCCUGGGCCUGGUCAUACACGCGCUGUACCCGCACACGUCAUCGCAGUCAGAUGUCUACGUCUGAACACUUGGGGUUGUGUGUGUGGAGGGGAGGGGGAGGGUGGCUAUUUUUAAAAAAAUAAGUUUUAGUACGAGUUGUAUGGCACUUGCAACACGAUUAGGUUAUAUAAGUGUCGGAGACACACGUUGUACCUUGUACGUCCACACAGCCGAGUGUCUACAUCUGAACACUAAUUGGGGUGGUUAAGUUGUUUAGUUUUAGUACGAGUUUUACGGUACUAACAACACGAUUAGGUUGUAUAAGUGCCGAAGACACACGCUGUACCCUCGUACGUCCACACAAAUGGGUGUCUACAUCUGAACACUAAUUGGGGUGGUUAAGUUGUUUAGUUUUAGUACGAGUUUUACGGUACUUACAACACGAUUAGGUUAUAUAAGUGCCGGAGAUGUACGCUGUACCCUAAUACACCCACACAGUUUGGUGUAUACGUCUGAACACUAAUUGGGGUUGUUAAGUUGUUUAGUUUUAGUAGAUUUUUACGGCACUUGUAACACAAUUAGAUCACCCAAGUGCCGAGAACACGUGCUGUAAUGUCACACGUCUUGACAGACAGGUGCCUACGUCUGAACACUUGGGGUCUUUUUUAAAAUGUAAGUGAUUUUACGCCCCCAUCAAAACAAUCUAGAUCAUUUUCGGAGGCGGACUUUGAACUGCCUCUCAGGGCAUAGCCAGACUGAGGUGAUACAAUAUUGCAGGAGAAAAAACCGAGAUGCUCGAUAAAAAAUGUCCCACUCGGGAAUCGAACUCUGGCUUCCUGCGUGAGAUAGUGAAGAUCCUAACCGCUACGCCACAGACGCUGGUUCAUAGUAUUAUACUAUUAUAAUAUAAUCAUAU